AUAAAAUCAAAUAUGGCGAACGUCCGGGUAUUAUGUCUAGUUUUCUUUUGGGACAUUUUCAUCCCUGUUCAAGCAGCAACGUCCACACACGAAGAAGUUUUGCAGAUUCACUUUCCGAGCGUUACCAUAGCAGCUCAAAAGAAUGGUUACCUGUCGGCGUCAACAGAAGAUGGUGGCAACAUACACAUCAACCCUGGAGGAAACGAGACGGGGGUCUACUUCGAUAAUGAGGAUCUGUUUAGAGUUAUUCAAAUAGUCCAGGGUCUUCCCCCGGUGUGGGUUAACCAUACCGAUACCGGGUACUCCGGAACAUUUGAAGGCGGAAGAAUUUUGAAUAUUCCAUUAAAUGUAAUGGUACCUGGAUCCGGAAAUCUGUCGUUUGAAAUUGUGGCCGGAUCCCUUCCACCUGGCGUGUACUUAGACACAACAAACCGCCGGAUAUCUGGUAUAGUACCGGAUCAGGAUGCUGAGUACACCUUCACUGUAAGAGCUAAAACCGAGCUCGGAAAAUUUGCAGAUGUCAUUUUCCGGUUUGAUUCAUACGAAUCCGACCAGUGCAAAGAUGACCCCUGUCACAACAAUGGUCUGUGUAAUGAUACACGUGCCGGACUAGGCUACAAGUGCAUUUGUGAAGGGCAUUAUGGCGGACAUCAGUGUGAUACAGACUGUAGAUUAAACAGCAUUGGUGUGGGCAACAAGAAUGUCAUACCGGAUGCUCAACUAUCUGCAUAUCUAUCACGUGAUCAAUCCCUUGCUUCCGAGGCAAGAUUCAAUAGCAAUUCUUCAUCUGCAUGGUGCGGCGAGAACCAGAAUUCUUGGAUACAAGUAGAUUUGGGCGGCGAAGGAAGGGUAUUUGCCGUGACUACUAAGGCCGGAAGUGAUGACAAGUACCUGAAAUCGUUCACUCUGUCCUGCAGCACGGACGGCGCAUCGUUCUCUGACGUCCUAGAUACAAACACUACAACAGCUUAUGUAUUUUCUAGUGGCACUGGGGCCUUAACCCAACCCCUACCAGAACCAGUCACGUGUCGGUUUGUCAAAAUCCACCCUAAGUCUUACAAAGUCCACCCAUGUUUGAUGCUUGAACUUCAUGGAUGUGUUCCCUGAUGAGAAGUGCAUUAUGCUGAAAAAGACGAUACCCGAUUAUUCAUGAAAGAUAUUAUUUUGUUUAUCAAAUUUAUUAUUUUAGUUUUGCCUUGAGGUGUAGUUAAUCAUGAUUUAUUACUAUAUCCUUUCGUGACGAAAUUUGUUAUGGGUGUCUAUUCUUUCUUCAAUACGUUUGACGUUUUCAAUUGUGUUUUUGAAUGCAGAAUUAUGUUUAAUAAUAAAAUUCAUUGUAC